UAACUCAAGCAGCGACUUCAUUAACACUAUUGUCCCCUCCCAACAAGCAAAGUUGCAGAGAGAAGCGAAGUAUCUGGUCUGGUGGGCGUCCGUCAAAUGGUCUCUCGAGCGAUGGCUUCUUUAAGUGACUCUCUAUACCACCACAGGGGGCUAAAAGCCGCUGUGAUCCUUGCUUGUUUCCUGCUCUGUUUCACUCCCAUAACAGUGGGAGAAGGGACUAAAGUUUUGAAGAACAGAAGAGAGAUGGUGGGUUCAAGGCCGCCGAUAUGCGUCAACAGGUGCUUGAGUUGCAGGCCAUGCAUGGCCACUCUGGUGAUUCAUCCUCCUGCAGGACGAGGUGGAGGAGCAGGAGAUGCUAGGGCUUCAAGCCACGAGGGAAGUGAUAGCUACUACCUCCUCGCUUGGAAGUGCAAAUGUGGCAACAAGCUUUAUCAACCUUGACACGUUAAAUCAAACCCUAUGUAAUUUUCCUCAUGUACUAAGUUAAGUGACAUCAUAGUAUCUUCAUAUGGAUGUCCAUCGAUUCGCUUGUAUAGAAAUCUAGCUAAAGAGCAUCUAAAUGGUCAGGGUCCCUCUGCUCUCUUCCUGUAAUUGCAGUGAUGGAUGGGAUCUGUUCAUUUUAAGGGAAGACAUGUGGUCUCACUUGCCUAUGUCUUUUGUUUUGAGUUUUGGGUCAUUCUUCUUUCUUAGCUUUUGUUUCUGUCCUUCUCCUCCUCGUUUCCUAAUUUAUCAUUUUGGGGGUUCAAGUUUGCUUGUGUUUGUGGAAGAUGAGUUCUUUUGCAAGUAUUUUAAUGGAGUUACUUUGUGGAAGAAUUUUGA